GUAGUUCGUAUAUCUAGAGUAUUCGAAUUUAAGAAAAAGGAAAGAACGAAAAAAAUCAAGAUGUAUUAUCUACAAAUUAUUCUUUUGUCCUGUAUGGUUUUUGUAAAUUUGAUACAAGUUCAUGGCCAUGGUAUGAUGAUGGAUCCGGUUAACAGAAGUAGCGCUUGGAAAAAACAUUUUCCUGUUCCUCCUAAUUUCAACGACAAUGAACUCUUCUGUGGUGGCUUUGCGACUCAAUACGAAAAAAACAAUGGUAAUUGCGGCGAAUGUGGUGACGAUUGGUCUUUGCCACGACCUAGACCUAACGAAAAUGGAGGUAUUUAUGGAACUGGACUCAUUGUCAAAAAAUACACAGAGGGUUUUCAUAUUCAGAUUCAAAUCAAUCUGACCGCCUCUCACCUAGGACAUUUCGAAUUCUCUAUUUGUCCUCUAAGCAAUCCGAAGGAGCUCGAAACUGACGAAUGCUUUGCGAAAUAUCCAGUACAAUUGGCCGACGGUUCGUACAAGUAUAAUAUCGAAAGAUACCAAGCUGAGAUUCAUUUGAUCGAAGCAAUUCUUCCCCAAGGACUUAUCUGUGAGCAUUGCGUUCUUAGAUGGCAUUACAGAACUGCAAAUAGUUGGGGUAUUUGUGAAGAUGGUUCAGCAACUAUUGGCUGUGGUAAUCAAGAAAUUUUCAGAAGUUGUUCUGACAUUGCUAUUACCAAGUAAAAUCUAUUUCUUUCUUUUCGAGUUGUCCUAAAUCUUUCAAACAUCACAAAUGAGAGAAAAAUUAUAUCUGACGAACACUAUUUACGAAGUUAUUCGCGUAAAUUAUUGUUAUAACUCAGGGGUAUCAAAUAAAAUCCCUAGUGAGACAUUUAAUUGAUUCGACGGUUUUCUUAAGAAAAAGUAAAUAAAUUUAUGUAAAUUUUAUCAUAACAAUUGGAAUGUCGAGAGACAAAUGUGACGUUAAAAGACUCGUAGUUCUUAUUCAAGAACUAAUUUAAAUUCAGUGAUCGUAGGCGCGAGGCCUCGAACGUGUGCGUACCUUCGACGUUCGUCAUAGGAAAAUCGAUGCUAGAACUCGAUGAUUCAACUAAGACAUAUAAUUUCGUAAAGUCUUGAGUAAGAUUCUAUCGAAAGCGAAGUGCGAACAUUCACUCAAUUUGGUGGACCAUAAAAUUAUAUUCUUAGAUACUAGACUGACCUCUCGGCAACAUCGUGAUAUAAAAUUAAGUGCACAACCAAGGAGAUUAUUACGCUCACGCGUUUAUACUGCUUGCUAGCCUAACAGUGAAGUUAGAAAACCCACUUGCUUUUCCUCGCGAAUAAACUCUCCUUCCAAACUUAAAGACAGCCUCGACCGAUCUCGAUUGAUCUACCGGGUGUUUCCAACACGUCAUACCAACUAGGAUCCUUUUAAGUAAACAAAAAAAAAAUAAGAUAUAUAAGAAUUGUAUUUUUAUUGUUCUUCGAAAGUUCCUUCGAAAGUUUUCAUGUCCAAAUUAUUUCCUGAGUCAUAUUCGCAUGAAGACAAUUUCGACAGAGUUUCGCCAACCGGCUGGUCACUUUUAGAACAUGUCGUCAUUGAUUUCGAUCUUUUCUCAUCCGAAAAUCCGCUUACUUAAGAACCUUUUUGCCUAUCUUCCUGCUACACGAUGCGUGCGGAAAAAGAAUUGAAAAAAUGGAUCGUAGACGAAGAAAGAUGUAUCUAAACAAACGUAAUUUUUUACGAAUUGAAAAACAAUACCGAACGCUAACAUAAUUUAUGAAAUAAAAAAUAUAGUCGAUUGACAUUCUUACUUA